AUGAGCGUUUUGAUGUUCUUGAACGACGGCGACGACGCGAGUUGGCCGUCAGACGGGGCGAUCGAGCGGUACAGAGAUCAGAACGCCGGCGACGAACGAGCCGUGAAAGUGUUCGAUAGCCGGUCGGGUCCGAAGUCGGUUGUGGACGCCGUGGACCGGGAAUUCAAGUUAUCGGAACACCACGGCCACGGCGUCCGGUUGGUGUUGACCGGUUACCGGGACCCGGCGUUGGCUAAGCGACUGUACCGGGAACGCGGAUUACCCGUGCACGUGGUGUUCUCGACCGUGGAAAUCGCGGACGGCGGCGAUUGGUCCGACGCGUUCUGGUCGGACCAAGGCAUCACCAUGUCCGGAUGGAACUGCCCGGCCGGUGACGACGAGAAAGACGACCUGGACAUGAUCAGCCAAGUGGUGCAAUUCGUCAACGACCUGACCUACGAUUACCGGUGGUACGUCCGUGGCCUACGCGACAUACCGUCGGCGGCCGACCAAGCCCACGUGGACUGCGUGGACGGCGUGUACGCGUCCACCAUGGAUACUUUCGGCGGCGGUGUCGAGGCCGUCGAACCCGUUUUGGACGCGAUCUUAGAACAGCUGUGCGGCGCGGCUUGUAUAGACCCGGCGGCGGCCGUAGACUACAACCGGUGGACGUUGGCGUCUGGCGUGGUCGAGGAAGGCGACAAGGCGGCCGAAGACGGAGCUCGCUUGGUGGCGUUCCGCAAUGACUGUUCCGCUACGGCCGCGCUCGAUUACACCCGACGGACGACUCGAGUGGCCGCGUCGUUUGCGCACGCGUUUUGGCACGAUCACUCCGUCAUCGCGGCCACGUCCGCAGGCCGCACACUGGCCGCGUGCUUGAUCGAAAACCUUAGGGCCGCGGCCGACGCGGAAUUGGCCGAACUGUCAGCCGAACAGUUUGCGGUGUGCCUGACCGCCAAGUUCAUAGCCACCAGACGUUGGCGGCGGACGGCCGGUGACUCGUCCGUGUCCUUAUCCACGGCGGCACCGAGCCCGUCAUUCUUCCGGCCGGAAAUCCGGGAACGCUGCGAGCGGUUUUUGGCCGUGGAACACUUGGUGGAUUUGAUGGCCGCCGGCGAUGACAACAACUCGUUCGUUCGGAGUCACGUGGAACACUUAGAACCGCACGUCUUGCCCCAAAGGCUGGUAGACUACGUGUCGAGAUACUUUGAAUACGAAGUCCGAUACUUCGAACUCGCCGACACGCUGGUGUUCAGAUUCACGGACGGUGAACGCGGUCGAUUCGUCGAGCAGAGUCACGUGCACAGGUUUGCAGGGCCCAGAAAUUUCAAAGAGUUCCAUGCUGAGGCGUUUCGGACGAUAGACUUUAAGAGCGGCAGUCGCGGUGCUGACCGUCCGUUGGCGGUGACCGAUCCAAACGUGUUUCGAUACCGGGAAUUCGGUUACGUCGAAGCGUCGGAUUUCGCGGUUCGCUACGUGUCGGCAACCGGCGAUAUCAAAAUUCGAGCAGAAAUGUACGAAUUGCGCGACGACGACGAUGACGACAAAAGUGCGGUGGUAGAGUGCGAACAGCGGUACCGGAUGAAAGUGGAAUGUGGCGAAUUUUGGGUGACCGUUCACAGUGUAGUGAUGACAAACUAUGACGUUGACGGUGACAAAGAUCGGCAAACCGAGCUGACCGUCGGUCUAACCGAUGGUACCGUGGUAGCGGUAACCCGAUCACCCGGAGAUGAUUUCUGCGUUACUCCACGGACGCCCAACGAUCCCGCAGACGACCUCGGUCAACGAUACGAGUGGUCGGACGGCCGGCCGGUGUUUGAGUUUUUCGACGACGUGGCCACCGUGAACGCUGCUGGCGGCACGUGGAUUUCCGUUGACUUCGGGCGAGCCGACAAAUUCGUGUGCGCGACGUGCCUGUCUGACGGCGCCCGUGUCCGGAUGACGAUGACCCGGCCCGCCGUACAUUUUUGCCACAACUCCGAGUCCGGAGAACCGGUGACCGACAAGUACUUAGUGUGCCGCAGAGACCUGUCCGGUUACGAAUUCGUCGACGACCACGAUUCAGGGCAGACGGUCUGUCGGACCCGCGAGAGUUCCGACCACGGAACACCGUCGCCGGUGACGGUAGUGAGGACGCUGACUCGAAACCGGUUCGACCACCGAAUGGCCGGAUUGAUGGACAAGGCACUGUCCGAUCACUUAAUGACCAUUAAAACGUUGGCCGACCGAUUAAACUCCGGACUUCCGGAAAACGAUAGCCAUGACGUCGACGAGCUAGACGAAUUAUUACUGGACGAACCCCGCGGGAGCACCUCCUUCGUUUCUCAUCUGUCCUUAAACGUAUAA